AUGUCGUACUCGGCGCGGGUUAAGGGAAACCUACCGACUAUGCGCCAGUAUAAUAAGGAAGACGCCGUAAAACAAGAUGACGUUGAUGUUGACGUCAGCGACGAUGAUGACCCAUUCAACCCACCUGCUAUGGAACUAGUUCAAGACAGCGAGGAGAACGAAGACGAAAUCGACGGGAAUGGUGACGACAGCGAAGAUGAUGACGUCAGCGACAACAGUGAGUCUGAUAAGGAGAUGGACGUCCGGGAGAAUACUAAGAACACCGAAGAAGUGGAUGUUGGUGAUAAUGAAACGUCAUCAGCUAUCCCGAGGGUGAAUGUGGUCGUGGCUGACGUGCAAUCUCCCGACGUGCGUUCACCAGUCCCAGUCGAGGAAAAGGGAGCUAAGUUGGACAAUGGCAAGCCCUUUAUAGCGGCCAUUAGAAACAAUGACGAAAUUAAUGGUAUACGGUUACCCGGCACAAAUAAGGGAACAAGAGUGUCCGCAUUUGCAGAUGAUACGACUGCAAUUUUAUCUGAAGAGAGUUCUGUUCCGCAUGUAAUUAAAAUAGCAGAAAGUUAUGGAAAAGCCUCAGGGGCAAAACUCAACCUGUUAAAAAGCACAGUUCUUCCCAUUGGUAACUGGGACGAAACUAACGUGCACAGUGUGUACUCUGUUGCCACCUAA